AUGAAGCAUCAUACCACAAUACAUCAAGGCGAGGCCACUCAAAUGAGCUUGGCUCCAGCUCCUGCAGCUCCAACCCGCUCAAGCUCAUCCGAUUCAGCUCCAGCUCAACAACCUCCAACCACAUGGACAGCUCAAGCUCAUUCUUCUAAGCUCACUCCAAAUGAAGAACACUGUGAAGCUCAUUUCAUCAAAACUCACUUAAGGGAUGCAACCGGAAGAUAUGUUGUGAGACUUCCAAUAGUUCCAUCACCACCAACUCUUGGAGAAUCCAAAACCCUAGCUCUCAAAUGUCUUCGAUCGAUGCUCAAGCGACUCUCAAAUGACUCUAAGCUCAAUCAGCUCUACACGCAAUUCAUGAACGAAUAUCAAGCUCUAGGACAUAUGAGGCGUGGUCCAGAAGUUCAAUCAAGCUCAAGAGAAAGUCCAGGUAUUGUAUCUGGUGAUCGCUCGUAUGAGAUGACCUUGGCACAUGAUACUUCGGUAUCAGGAGAGUUAAGGGUCCCGGUAGAGGGGUCAUCGGUGCAAGCCAAUGGUCUGCCUCAUUUUUUUUCGCCGCACCAUGGAGUUCUACGUGAGCGGAGUCUUACUACAAAGUUGAGAGUCGUCUUCAAUAGAUCAGCUCAGACAAGCUCUAGUAUCUCGCUCAAUAAUGUUCUUCAUACUGGUGCCCAGCUCCAAGUCGACAUCUUUGACGUCUUGUCAUGGAUUAGACGGCACAAAAUUAUCUUUAGCUCUGAUAUAACGACGAUGUUUCGACAGAUAAACGUUUAUUCAGCAGAUUGGGAUCUUCAGAGGAUUCUUUGGCUCGAUGAACAGAACAAUUUAGAUCCAUAUCAGCUCACCACGGUUACCUAUGGUACCGGGCCAGCUGUACGAGUUCUACUCCAACUAAUAGAAGAUGAAGGCAUGAAAUAUCAUCGUGCAAUAGCUCCUAUGACGGAAGGUCGCUAUGUUAACGACGUUUUCGGUGGCUCAGAUACUCUGCAAGAAGCUCAGCUCAUAGCUCAAGAUCUAAUAAAGCUCUGCAUGGCGGGGAGCUUCCCUCUUGCAAAGUGGUCAAGCAAUGGCCCUGCUCUUCUACAAGCUCUAGCUAUACAAAGUCUCUCAACUGCUCCUGUUCAAGCUCUAGAUGAUACAGGACUAAAAGUGCUUGGACUAUCUUGGAGUCCUGCAUCUGAUCAAUUCAUUUUCUCACCGGAAAGCUCAACGCUCAAGAAACUAACGAAACGCUCAGUGCUCUCCGGAGUAGCUCUUUGA